AACACCGAAGAUUACUUCCGUUUCCGUCGGAACAAGCGCUUUCACUUCUCCUACCGUGACUAAGAUGGAAGCGUUUUUGCAGUCGCGGUGUGGGCACUGGGCUGGGGGUCCGACCCCAGGUCAGUUCUACCGAGUACCGUCCACUCCCACUUCCUGUUUGGAUCCAGCGUCCGCACUCCCCGGAGACCCCAUCACGCGGACCCAGAACCCCAUGGUGACCGGGACCUCGGUCCUCGGCGUCAAAUUCGAGGGCGGAGUGGUGAUUGCAGCAGACAUGCUGGGCUCCUACGGCUCUCUGGCUCGUUUCCGAAACAUCUCUCGCAUUAUGCGAGUCAACGAUAGCACUAUUCUGGGUGCCUCUGGAGACUACGCUGAUUUCCAGUAUUUGAAGCAAGUUCUCGGCCAGAUGGUGAUUGAUGAGGAAUUGUUGGGAGAUGGACACAGCUAUAGCCCUAGAGCUAUUCAUUCUUGGCUGACAAGGGCCAUGUACAGCCGCCGCUCGAAGAUGAACCCUCUGUGGAACACCAUGGUCAUUGGAGGCUAUGCAGAUGGAGAGAGCUUCCUUGGUUAUGUGGACAUGCUUGGUGUAGCCUACGAAGCCCCUUCUCUGGCCACUGGUUAUGGUGCAUACUUGGCUCAGCCUCUGCUUCGGGAAGUCCUAGAGAAGCAGCCAGUGCUGAGCCAGACUGAGGCCCGAGAACUAGUAGAACGCUGCAUGCGAGUGCUGUACUAUCGAGAUGCUCGUUCAUAUAACCGGUUUGAAAUUGCCACGGUAACUGAAAAAGGUGUUGAAAUAGAGGGACCGCUGUCUGCAGAGACAAACUGGGAUAUUGCCCACAUGAUCAGUGGCUUUUAAUGAAAUACAGAUGCAUUAUUCGGAACUGAAGUUGCACCCCUUAACUUUGGACUUGGCUGGUUCAAAGAUACUGAAGUUGCACCCCUUAACUUUGGACUUGGCUGGUUCAAAGAUAGACUUUUUGUAAAAUAAAGCAGUCCUUUAAAGUG